AUGAGCACAACACUCACACUCCACCCACAAACACAUUUAUUACAACAACAACAAAUUCAAUCCAUGAAUAAUCAAAAUCUCUACAAGGGACUUGCCAGAUACGACCGACAAGACAAACUCGGAGAAGGUACCUAUGGUGUUGUGUAUAGAGCCAUUGAUUUGAUCAACAACUCUGUAGUUGCUUUAAAGAAGAUUCGUCUCGAACACGAAGAUGAAGGAGUCCCAAGUACUUCCAUCAGAGAAAUUUCUUUACUGAAAGAGAUGCACCAUCCCAAUGUUGUAAAUCUUAUUGAAGUUAUUCACGGAGAUGAUAAUUUACAUCUCGUCUUUGAGUUUAUUGAAUUAGAUUUAAAGAAGUAUAUGAACGAAUACAAGAGAAUGGAAGGAGAAAAGAAGAAGAGAAUACCAAUUCCAAUGAGUUUGAUCAAAUCAUGUCUCUAUCAAAUUUUGAAAGGAAUUGCUUUCUGCCAUUCGGCUAGAAUUAUCCACAGAGAUUUGAAGCCACAAAACAUCCUUGUCCAAAAAACGAGAGACAAUGAUUUGAUGCUCAAGCUUGCUGACUUUGGAUUGGCUCGUGCAUUCCAAUUACCUUGUGGUAAACUCACUCAUGAAGUUGUGACCUUGUGGUACAGAGCUCCAGAAAUCUUAUUGGGACCGAAAGAUAUUCCACUCCAGUUGAUAUUUGGUCCAUAG